CACCAGUCAACAUGACAUCACCAGUCAGCCCCACUUCAUCACCAGUCAACAUGACAUCGGCACCAGUCAACAUGACUUCAUCACCACCAGUUGACAUUACUUCAGCACCAGGUAACAUGACAUCACCAGUCAACCCCACCACAUCACCAGUCAACAUGACAUCACCAAUCAACCCCACCUCAUCACCAGUCAACAUGACAUCGCCACCAGUCAACUUUACUUCACCACCAGUCAACAUGACAUCACCAGUCAACCCCACCUCAUCACCUGUCAACAUGACAUCACCACUUCCCAACAUGACAUCACCACCAGUCAACAUGACAUCACCAGCCAACCCCACCUCAUUACCAGUCAAUAUGACAUCGCCACCACCAAACAUUACUUCACUACCAGUCAACAUGACAUCACCAGUCAACCCCACCACAUCACCAGUCAACAUGACAUCACCAGUCAGCCCCACUUCAUCACCAGUUAACUUGACUUCACCAUCAGUCAACUUGACAUCACCACAAGUCAACAUUACUUCAACCACAGCCAAUCCCACCUCAUCACAAAUCAACAUGACAUCACCACUCAAAACAACCUUUUCACCAGUCAACAUUACCUCACCACCAGUCAACAUGACAUCAACAUUCAACCCCACCCCACCACCAGUCAACUUUACUUCACCACCAGUAAACAUGACUUCAUCACCAGUCAGCCCCACUUCAUCACCAGUCAACAUGACAUCAGCACCUGUCAACAUGACUUCAUCAUCACCAGUUGACAUUACUUCAGCACCAGGUAAUGCAAGCACUCCACCUGUCACUGGAACAUCAUCACCACCAAGCAUCACAACUACAAGCUCUCCAACUGCAACUACAACCCCAACACCUACCACAACAGAGUCAAAAUCAAGUUGGAAUUUAAGAUUCAGCAAACCUUUACUCCUCAACUUGCAAACAAAUCUUCACCAGCGUUCCUUGAAUUAAAGAACGAAGUGACUACAGUGCUCGACAUGGUCUAUUCAGAACAAUAUGGAUCCAGCUUCAAUCGUACUGUCAUCAACAGCUUCAGUCAAGGAUCUGUGGUGGUAGAUGUUGAACUGAUAUUCAAUGAAGGGAAUACAUUACCAAAUGCCACUUCUGUGGCUGGAACUUUGGUGACUGCCUCUUCCAGUUCCAAUUUUUCUCUCAGUGUCAACACAUCUUCUAUUUCUGCAACAG